AUGUUCACCACUCGUCUUGCUAUGCUGUCUGCACUUGUUCUGGUACUGAGUGCCAUCACAUUUACCGAAGGUAAGAGACAACUAGAACGUUUGUGUGUGUGUGUGUGUGUGUGUGUGUGUGUGUGUGUGUGUGUGUGUGUGUGUGUGUGUGUGUGUGUGUGUGUGUGUGUGUGUGUGUGUGUGUGUGUGUGUCCCAAACUGACCCAUAAGUGUGUGUUGUGUGUGUUGUCUAGGCCUGCGUAUGGCAAGCGGACCGAAGAAGUGUUGUUUUACCUUUGCUGAUCGUCAGAUACCCAGAGGUAGAGUGGUGGGUUAUGCCAAGACCAGCCAGCAGUGCUCCAACCCAGCCAUUCUGUGAGUAACCUUACUGUUCUUUAGCUGUUUCUGUGUGAGAGUGGAUAUGUGGCAAUGAGUGCUUGAGAGGUAUUUAUAAGUUAGUGUGAUCCAAACACUCAAGGUACCACAGAAAAGUAUUUGUGGUUCAGACUAGACACUCAUGAAAUGUCCAAAAAAUGUGUUAUGUUGUAAAAGUACAGGUGUCAGACAGACAGAGAACCAUUGAUUCAAUCAUGCUGUAACUGGGAUAGUUACAGGACUGACAGGCAAUGAUUGGUAUUAUUGGUCCAAAUCCUUGAAGAAAACAGUGUAAGAGACCACUCCACAAAGAGAGAGAGAGAGCUUCAUCUCAUCCUGUUGUAUAACCCAGAAUGUGUUCCUCUUUCCUGUGAUCAACUUUCACUACCUAAAUUUCACGUCGUCAUGCAUUUUCCUUUAAAAAUGAGAACAAAAGUCCUCUGACAUCAUCAUCUAAAACUAGGUUAUAGAUCUAACAUAGAUCUAAAACAGGAUGUCAUAAGUCAUGAGUGAGCCUUGGAUAUCUUGUAUGUGAUUGUCCCAAUGUGGUGUUGCUGAUGUUAUGCUGUGCUAAUAACCCUGUUUUUCUAUAUCCAGGUUUAAGACUCAGGCGGGGCGACAGGUGUGUGCCAGGUCCUCAGACAGAUGGGUGAAGGACUACAUCAGCUUCCUGGACAGCAAGAAAUCUGGGGAGCAGACACCACUCCUGUAA